ACGCGCCGGCCUGCCUGCCGGACCACUGGCUGCGGCGAGUGCUGCGUGCGGCGCUGCGCCCCUUGCUCCUGCACUGCCCACCCGCGCACUACGCCGAUGUCGCCUUGCCCCUACUGGAACACCUCGCACCAUUCAUGCUGGUGCAUCUGUCGCAGCGCUGGGAGUACGUGACGUCACUAUAUGAGUCGGGUAAACUGGAGGAGGAGGGCGGCAGCGAGUCGCAGGAGGUGCUCGAGGACAUGCUCGUGCGACACCUCACUAGGGAACAUCUCGAGCUACUAAAGAUCUCGCUAGUGGACACAGCGGGUGGGGGCGGCGGCGGGGGUGAGACGGGCGACAUGGAGGAGGAGAGCGCGGCGCCGCAGCGCGCACCCGAGCACGUGUCCGAGCUGGGCGCGCUCGUGCUCGCAGUGCCUGUGCUCGGCCCCACCGUGCUGCACACCAUACUGCGUGCACUGACGUGGAACGACUCGACGUCUUCGCUGCGCGCGUGUGCGCUGGCGCUGCCGGCGUUACGCGCGGCGCUGGCUGCAGGUCGUGUGGGCGCGGCGGACGCGAGCGGCGCGCUGGCCGCCGUGCUGCAGGCACUUCGCACGCAUGGACAACACGAUGCCAACCAGGCAGCACUGCUCGCUCUCGCCGUACAG